AUGGACCCCACGAUGGAUCCUAUUACAGAUGCUAUCCCCAUCACUGAUAUCUACUGGCCCGAAUUCAAAAGAGAAGUGGAAGCUGACACAGCCAGGGUUCGUCCCAUCCAGCUUGAAUGCGUGGUUUGUAGCGACUUAAUGACUACCAGUCCAGACAAACCAGAUCAUACCUUUGUCGGCAUUCCAUCUCACGGUGCACAGAUCCUUCCAUGUGGCCACAUGAUCGGAGCCAGCUGCUGGUUCGAAUGGAUUGCUCGCGAGGAGCAGACUGCUUCUGGGAAGAAAUACGACAAGUGCCCUUGCUGCAAUACGAAAGUUCCUUUUCACAGCAAAUGCGGCCACAGAACCCCAGGGAGGUUCAUCCCCGACACAGUGGCUGAGUAUUCCACAGUCCCUGCCGUUUUCCGCCAUGGAGGUUGUAUUCCACCAAGAUGCCUGUGGUGCGAGCUCAGACAUGUGAUGGAGAUGUUUUGCAAUUCAGCACCAAUGCCCAGCCUUGGAUUACAGCCAGGAGAAUACCCGUCCAUGCUCUUCCAUGUCGAAGGUACUCCACUACUCCAACAGUAUCCUCGCGAUCACCAGCCCAACCAACUUGACACAAUAGUGUGUGACCUUGAGAUGCCCCAAGAGUUGGUUGCGCUCUGGGAAGUGAUUAGCUUAACCUGGAAACUCAACUCCCCAAAGCUCUGGUAUGGAAGAAUUCUUGCGCAAGUAGAUUUUGCUAUCUGUGUUUUCCGUUCUCAUUCUCCCAUCUCGGAACCUGGGACGGAAUUCAUGUCAUUUUGA